UUGGUGGUGGGGUGCAUAAGAUAAGGUAGGAAGACUUGAAAAUAAAAGGUCACGCACUCAAUAGCCACCCACGAAAGUAUUGGUUUUAACCUGUAGCUAGUAGCUAUUAUACAUCUUUAAUUAAACCCGCCACUUGGUUCGAGUUAGUCACUCAUGGCGCUGCCUUGUGGAAGCGGGAGGAGGUGGUGGAGGGCGGUAAAGAUGGCCCUGGGAUUGUGCUUGUGCUUUCUCAUACCAAUGGCAGCAGCUGGAAUUAGAAAUACUAACAGCAUCUUUGGUGAUCAGAAACUUAAACUGGAGGUGCAGCAGCAGUUGAAGCUCUUGAACAAGCCUGCUCAUAAAUCUAUCAAGAGCUCGGAUGGAGAUAUAAUCGACUGCAUACAUAUCAACAACCAGCCAGCUUUUGAUCAUCCUCUCUUCAAAAAUCAUACAAUCCAGAUGAGACCAAGUUUCCACCCAGACGGGCGUUUAUUCGAUGAGAGCAAAGUGUCUUCAAAGUCCAAGUCCAUUAAUCAGCUAUGGCACUUGAAUGGAAGGUGCCCGGAAGGAACAAUUCCGGUUAGAAGAACCAAAGAAGAUGAUUUAUUGAGGGCAAGCUCUAUCAAAAGUUAUGGAAGGAAAAAACACCUUACCAUCCCUAAACCAAGUUCCGCUCAGCCUGAUCUCAUCAAUCAAGGUGGCCAUCAGCAUGCAAUAGUCUAUGUGGAAGGAGAUAAGUAUUACGGAGCUAAGGCAACUAUAAACGUGUGGAAACCCCAAAUCCAAGAACCUAAUGAGUUUAGCUUGUCUCAAAUCUGGAUCCUAGGUGGUUCUUUUGGUGAAGAUCUUAAUAGCAUUGAAGCUGGCUGGCAGGUCAGCCCUGAUCUAUAUGGAGAUAGCAACUCUAGACUCUUCACUUAUUGGACUAGUGAUGCAUAUCAAGCCACUGGUUGCUACAAUUUGCUGUGCUCUGGCUUUAUUCAAAUCAACAACCAAAUUGCAAUGGGUGCAAGCAUCUACCCUGUUUCCGGCUACGGUGGUUCCCAAUAUGAUAUUAGCAUACUUGUCUGGAAGGACCCAAAAGAGGGAAACUGGUGGAUGCAAUUUGGGAAUGAGCAUGUAUUGGGAUAUUGGCCGGCCUUCCUAUUCUCAUACUUAUCUGACAGUGCUUCAAUGGUCGAAUGGGGAGGAGAGGUGGUGAACUCACAGCCUGAUGGGCAGCACACCUCAACACAAAUGGGCAGUGGUCAUUUCUCUGGAGAAGGGUUUGGCAGAGCUAGUUACUUCAAGAAUAUCCAAAUUGUUGAUGGCUCCAACAAUCUUAGGCCUCCCAAGGACAUUGCCACUUUCACUGAGCAACCCAAUUGCUAUAAUGUCCAAAAUAGGAAAAGCGGCGAUAAUUGGGGAAACUACUUUUAUUAUGGUGGUCCUGGUAAAAACCCCAAUUGUCUAUGAUCAUUUAGAUUAUUCUUUCAAAAUUAAGGAGAAAGAGGACAAAAGAAAAAAAAGAAGAAUUAUUUUCUUCUUCUUUUCAUGUCACAAAAAAUAUACCUAGAAGCCAUAUGCCCUUAUCUUCUUUAAAGUACACUUAGUUUAGGCUAGUGAGUCGUGAAUUGUCACUCUUUUGUACAUCUUUUUCUCGUUCUUCAUCUGUAUUAAGAGAUUUGACUCCCUUUAAUGCUCUCCAUAUAAUUUGUUGGAGAGUAGGUGUUAAAUUUCCCUAGCCCUAUUGUUGUGAGUUAUGCUUAAUUUAGAUUAUGAAACUCUCCGUUUCAUUAAUGAAAUAAAGAGUUAUUGUAUGGAGUAGUAAA